CAGUGUAAACAGUGAACUAAAGUAUUCCAUCGCGUUCUGUUCUCCCAGUUAUUAGGGGCUAGCCAAAAGGUCGUGACAAGCCAAGAUGUCCUUCCAACACGCACCAAAGAAGGCCGGGCUUCCCAGAGAGGUCCUGAAGUGGUUACAAAGCUUGGAUCUGACGUACUCAGUCAAGAAUGUGAGAAGGGAUUUCUCCAACGGUUUUCUGGUUGCAGAGAUUUUCUCCUGGUAUUACCCACAGUCUAUCCAGAUGCACUCCUAUGACAACGGAACAUCUUUACCCACCAAACUGGGCAACUGGUCCCAGCUGGAGAGGGUAUUUGUAAAACACAGCUUGGAUAUUCCAAAGGAGCUGAUAGAUGGAACGAUCCAUUGCAAGCCGGGGGCCGCAGAGCUAUUGGUACAGCAGACAUACACUAUCCUCACUAACAGAAUAGUGAAGAAUUUGCCUUCUGAGCAGGAGCAGAUUGACUUCACAGACAGGAGCUAUCAACUGACCCUGCCCAUGCAUGCCAGGUCAACAGUCUCACAGGCAUUGAAAAAUAAUCUGAAGAUCACAGAGUUCAUGACUGACCCAAACGUAAUAACAUGUCAAGAAAAGGCUCAACAGCUCAUCCACAAACACCAGCAGCACAGGGUGCAGGAGAGGGUGGAGGAUCCAGUCCGUUUUGACAUCCAGCCCAGCAUAGGUGAACUUGCUGUCCGCAUUGCACCUAUGGACACAGUUACCCAGGCAGGAGUGGAGUAUCCUGGGCUGCAGUCACAGAAAGCGAAAGUGCCCCAACCACCACCUAAAUCUCUGGAACCAGUGGCAAGUCGAACAGUCGCCUUCAAAGAGAUCAAUGAAUAGGAAAACUAUGCUAUCAUGGACAGGGGAACUAGGUACCAACCGUUGACCAAUGAGGAGGAGUGUGAGGGUAGUGUGGAGAUGUCCAGACCGCUGACCGUGGCCCUGAUCGUCCCCCCACCUUCACCUGCAGAGACCCAGCCAGGAACUCCUGAUGAGUCAGACCAUGAAGAAGACAGACUUGAUGCCAGUGCCCAGCCCGCCCCUCCCCCCUAUUCGGAGGUGGCAGCCAAGCUGCCCACUUACGAGGAGGCCACCAAGAUCACUGACAGUAAUGGGCAAGUGACAGAGACACUCAGCAGUGAUGAUGAGUCAGUCAGCAGCACAGCCAGAGACAUGACCAUGGGCAAUGACUCCAUCUUUUUCCUCUCAUUUGUCUUUGCAUUCCUGUUUAACUGGAUUGGGUUUCUGAUGGCCUACUGUCUGAGCUCCAGUGCUGCGGGGCGGCUGGGAGCCCUGUCAGGGUUUGGGCUGUCACUGGUGAAGUGGAUACUCAUCUUCAAGCAUUCACAAUGCUGUACAGAUAUUGUGGACAGUCAGACUUGGCUGUGGUGGAUUCUCAUUGUGUUGGGUGUAAUGAUAUGUCUCCAAGGCCUCUUCAACUACAUGCGCAUCCGUCGGCAAGCCAUACAGGGCAACAACCGACACUACUUGUUCUUCUACUACUGAACAGUAGGACCACAUCUUGUCUGGACUAUUCUACCCUCCAGCAGUGUUCCUCCAUUGCAAUCUGUUAUCUUACUGAUAGACUACACCUGUGACUUACAGGCCAGGGUAAUGUCUAUUGUAUGUGCUACAAAAUGUACACCUGAGUAAGGCUUGGAUGGGGAUUAUGGAACAGUAUCAUCAGAUCAUGCCUCUGCUUUCUGGAGAAACUGCAUGGAGCAUGAGUUGAAUUCUAUCAUGUUACUGGCAAAAGGUCACUUAUAUGUCACUACUUCAUUUUCUUCUUAGAUUUACUGUGAAAAAAACAGGCAUCAACCACAAUUGUCUGUAGUGAAGCCUGCUCUUGUGUUUUGCAUGCAUGUAAAAUUCUGCCAUGAACACCUCCUAUCUUUGAUUUUAUUAACAUUCCUAAAUGGUUUAUGAUAUGUCCUUUUAAAACCCUUGUCCUGCGGGACCCAUAUAUAUAUAUA